CACCCUCCAGUAUUUGUAUGUUUUUUUGGCGGGGUGGGCAAAUCUGCUCGGAAGUUUUGUUCAUUUGGUAAACACAACUGACAAAAAAUGGAGCGUGUAAGGCUGAGUCGAGUCAAAGGGAGCAGACCAUCGGAGCAGUCGCUGCGAGUGCAAGACAGCAACAGGAUGAGCUUGAUGUAUACGACGCCUCAGAGUAAACAGCCUUCAUUUGGAAAGCUCAACAUACCAAAACCGCAGUCUGGGACAUCUGAAAGACGGACCAGCUUCUUUGGUCCGAGGACUAGUGGAGUCGGGAUGCCUCGCAACAGCACCAUGUCGGGGUUUGGAGGAACUGAGAAGAUAAAAGAUGCUCGACCUCUACACGAUAAGUCUUAUGUUCAGCAAUGCAUCAGGCAGCUGCACGAGUUCUUGACAGAGCAGGGUUACCCGGGCACUUUGUCAUCCAAGACCCUCCAGUCUCCAUCCACCAAGGAGUUUGUGAAGAUGUUUGAAUUCAUCUACUGCCAGCUAGACCCAACCUUUGAGAUGCCAAACUCAAAAGUUGAAGAGGAGGUUCCUGCUCUCUUUAAAACCUUGGGGUACCCAUUCGUUCUCUCCAAGUGUUCCAUGUAUUCUGUUGGAGCUCCCCAUACCUGGCCUCAGGCUCUGGGGGCUCUCAUGUGGCUUAUUGAUAAUGUCAAGAUCAACUGGAGUUUGAGCAAACAGGAGCUGCUGUUCAGUGACUUCUGUGAAGAUGGCGAAAAUAUUGAAGAAGGUGCUGAGUUCAACAAGCUCUUCCUGGACUACACAGCUGAGACAUAUUCCAAGUUCAUGCAAGGUGAUGACACAUUUGAGGAAGAAGAUGAAGCAUUCCUCGUUAAACUAAAGAAGCUUUACAAUGUUGAUGAAGCCCUGCUGGCCACGAUGGAGGAGAAACACAGAAUCCUUACUGAUGAGGUCGAAAAACUGGAGAAGGAGAGUCAGACCGACCGUCUGAUGACGAAGAGGAUGGAAAAGAUGAAGCUGCAGGCAGAUCUCAAGAAACUCCAAAGCUAUCGUGCCAGCUUGGACUCUUUUAAAGACAACCUGGAGAAAAAAGACUCAGAACUGAAUGCUGAGCUGGAGACUUCUGUCAGCCACCUGGAAACUCUGAAACAUGAGAGGAAUGAACUGCAGCACCUCCUGCAAAAUCAGAAGUUUACUCCAGCUGAUGUCGAGAGGAUCAACAGAGAGAAGAGGGAACUUCAGCAGACCAUCUCCAGUCUCACCAAGUCUCUGGAGAACGCUGAGCAGCAUAAGUGGAAUGAAGAGAUUGCACUGGCCAAAGUGAAAGAGAAGGCAGAGUUGAAGCUGGCAGAGUACCACAAGCUGGCACGUAAACUGAAGCUGAUACCGAUUUCUGCAGAGAACGCCUGUGGUCACGAUUUCGAGAUCCGACCUUUUGAAUGCGGAGCCGGCAGCAUGGUUCAGUGUAAAACACAGAUACAGAUGCAACUAAGAAAGUUGGUCGGAGAUGUUGAGGAGGAGAACAGUCGAUUAACCAACAUGAAACUCAGUUUGGAGGAGUCUUGUGAACAGGUAAAUUCUAUCAUCACGGAUAAGACCAAUGAUCUAAAGCAGCUGAGGGAGCAGAUCCGCAAACUAGAUGAACGAUGGGAGGGCGAAAAGCAGGAGCUGGCUCGAGAGGAACAGGAGUGGGCGGUAGAGAUGGAGUCUGUGGAAAACCACCGUAAACUUCUCGAGAAGAAAGUUAAUUAUGGUUAUGGCGAGGCUGUGCAGCAGCUGAAAGCAGCACAGCAACAGUACCACCUUGUGCUGCAGGAGACCAAUGAGGAGAGGCGAACAGUCGCUAACAACCUGGCGUCUGUUUUUACCACAGCUGCCAACCACUUGUCAAUUACAGAGAAAUGCCUGGAGGAUCUGCACAGCAGAGUGCAGCGGAUCUGCUCAAAGGCUGUUGAAGAAGACGAGGCUGCCAUUCAGAAGCUCCAGGAAACUCUAAAGGACUUCAUGUCCAAGGCAAAAAAUGUAUAAAUGUGGCAUGAGGAUGGCAAGCAGAGAUGAUUUCAGAUGAUUAUAAGUGUUUGGUUUUCCUGUUAUUUGUAUUUUCAAAUUGUUCAGAUCUUAGGACAACAGAGAAAUGGAGUUAUUCAUUUGGACUCGACAAACUUUGAAAGAAUAUUAAAUGGGUUAACACAUUUUUAAAAAUCUGAAUGAUUUAAAAAAAGAUUCCAAGUUGUUUUGUAGAACCUACCAAAAUGAAAAAAAAUGUCUUCCAUCUCAUUUGUAACACAGCCUGAUCAGCUUUCCAGACUGACCAGUUGUCUCACUUCAUGUGUGACUGCAUCGCGUUGUUUCCUGUCUCGCACAUUGAGAUAAUGUCCUGUGUUAUGAUUGGCUCUAAUUUAUAAAAGGCAACCUGCUUGAGUCUCAUAACAAAGUUGUGGCUCAAGAAGAGAUGUGGUGAUCUGUGAAUGCAUCCCUGCUGAAACUACAGAACAGCAGCUGAAAUGACAAUUGAAAUUUUUAAAUAGUUAUGAUGAGGGGGGGUACAUAGAUUUGCGAUAAUGCAAAUAAACUUAAAAAAAAAGCUCUUAAGUUAUAUUUGAUAUAAUAAAAGAUGUUGAGAAAAUUGAAAAGAAAUGUAGUGCUUGUCCUGUGCUGAAUCUGUAAUCGACAUGUAGAAUUUUAGUCCUCAUUGCGAUCAUGUACCUCAUUAGAACUGUUAUGGUGUAUUGAAGCCACUAGAUGGCAGCACACACCACCAGCUGCUCAAAUGUUUCAAGUUGCUUCUUGUCUGACUGAAAAAUGAGAUCACUAAAACAAUGAUGAUUUUAUAUAGUGCUGGAAAAACUGAAUUUAUUACCUCCAUAUUCUAGUGAACUGACAGAAGAUUUACUGUUGAGUUCUGUCUUUCUGUAAAGGCAAUUUCUUCAAUACUACCAAAUCUAAGUAAUGUUAAGUCUUUAUCGAUUUUUUGGUUAAUCAAUAUGGAUAAGAUAAGGAAAUGGGCAUGCAUACUCUGUUUAUUUGGAUGCAUUUCUAUUUUACAAACCUUUUAAAGCUGUGAAUUUCCAGUCAGAUAUCGGGUCAGGAAAUAAUUACCUAAUGGACAAACAUCAGGAAUAGUUUCCAUUUGUGUCAGACUCAUUUAUUCUAUUUUUUACCGAGCACAUUAACGUAUUUAGGUUCCACAUUAUCAGCCAAAGCCCAUAAAACUGACUGGAUCAUUAGUAAAUGAAGUGUUUGUUUUUGAAGUGAACAUUUUCUGCUCUUCUGGCAGAAGCAUUUAUUGCAAAUGCUGAAGCAAAGUUGGCAGUGAGGACACAAACAGGAAGUGGUACAUAUCUCUCUUCACUGCUUUCACCAGAAAUGGUCAGCAUAGCUUAAUGUACCUGUUUCCAAUUAACUCUACAUACUUGGCAUCAAAAUAUUUCUUUUGGGUUUUUUUUGCAUCAAUACUCAGUCCAGAUAUUGAAUCCAGAUACCCUGUGGCAAUCUGUAUACUUCAAACUGCGAUUCUGGCUUACUUUAGGUUUUGAAAACACAUUCUGAGGAGCUUUAAAUCUUUUUCUAUGGUGUAAUAUCACUCCCGAUCCAGGAUUUGUCAAACUGUCUCAAAGCUUUAGCGUUUACAGACUCAAAGGAUCCUUCUAAAAUAAAGAUGUCUGUUUUUCUGA